UGCAGCGACCUGCAGAGUAAAGACUGAUAGAAGAAGAGACAAGACAGCACAAACAGUCCUCCACCUGUGGCUCCAACUUCUACCUGUAACUUCCUAUCAAGAUGGCCGUGAUGCUGAAGCCAUGGACAGUGAUGGUGGCCGUUGUGCUGUGUGUGCUGGUGUGUCUGGGGACGCUGGCAGAUGCCUACCCCCCAAAACCUGAGAACCCUGGGGAGGAUGCCCCACCUGAGGAGCUGGCCAAGUACUAUACCGCCCUGAGACACUACAUCAAUCUGAUCACCAGGCAGAGGUAUGGAAAGCGUUCAACUCAGGAGGAUGUGGUUGCAGAGCUGCUGUUUGGUGGUGACAGCAACAGAGACCAGAGAUCACGAUAUGAUGACUCCUAUAUGUGGUGAAUCCCCCACCCAUCUUCCUCCUCAUCAGGCAUUCCCUCUGGGGGCAUCCCACAAUGCACCUGGAGGGGCCAAUAUGUGCCUCUCACCUUUGACCCCUGAACCCGACCCCAACCGAAGACCAUCACUGACCAGAACACUAGCUCUCUCUGUCUCUCUUGUCACUGUCUCACAUCACUCUCAUUACAGCAAAAUUGUACAUAAUUUACUAUUGAAAUAAUAUCUAUAUCUAUACAUAUAUAUAGAUAUCAGAGCUACUAAUCAGAAGGUGGAACUGUGUCUGUGUGUGUGUGCAUGAGCAUUGACGUCCCUCCAUGGUGUCCAACACAGUUAAUAGGAGGAAAUUCUUAUUUUACUGUUGCUACUGUAAAAAGUAACAUCAGCAAAGAAGAAUAAAAACCGGUCUGUGUGAUUAAAAUGUGUUGUUGAGUCAGGAUGUUUUUUUUCCGGGGGAUUCAUGGAAUGAUGCUGUAAGUGUGUAGACUGUACUAUUGUACUAAUAAAUCUUCGUCUGAACCCCUCUGGAUAGUGGAUGAUUAAAGUUACAAUUCCACAUUUUCCCAAAAAGUUUGGACAGGGACAUGUUUACCACUGUUGGGUCACAUAUUCUAUCAAAACCACUCAUUCAGGAACUUAGGACAAUCAUUGUUGAAGCUUUGAAAGCAACAUU